AUGUCGACGACCGACAUGUACGGCAGCACCGAGUCGUCGCCGUCAUCGGCACGGUGGUCCGACCUCCCCGACGAACUCCUGGGCAUAGUCCGCGUCAGGCUUGCCUCCCCCUGGGCUCGCGUGCGCCUCGCCGCCGUCUGCAGGGCGUGGCGCGCCGCCUCGUCGCGGCUGCCGGCGCCGCCAGCCGUCCCGCUGCUGCUCGUGUAUAAGUGGACCCACCUCAGCGGGCCGAAGCGCCUGUGCGGCCCCGUGGACGGCUGCGUCGUGCGCGUACCGGAGAGGGCGGAGAACAUGCGGUUCGUCGGCUCGCACGACGGUGGCUGGGUCGCCGCGGUCGAAUACAGCAAGCUCGUCAUCAUGAAUCUCUUCUCCGGCGCUGAGGUGGCACUCUCGAUACGCUCGCAGAGUCUAUAUUACAUCAUGCCAAGGAAGAUCAUCUUCUCUGGAGACCCCACCUCUAGCGGCUGCAUCCUCGCCUCUAACGAUAAGUGGCGGCGGUUCCAAAUUGGGGUGUGCAAAAUUGGUGGCGGCGGGAGCGGUUGGACCGCAUAUCAGGAAGACACGCUCACAGAUCUUGGCGACAUCGCGUUCUGUAACAGCGAGCUGUAUGGCCUCCUGCAUCCUGGCGAGAAACUGGUCAAGUUUAAAAUCGACAUGGAGGAAGAUGGCACUCCGGUCAUUAAAUCAAGCCACCGAUUGGCCAUCAAAAGCCGCGACGGUCCCACCUACGAGAACGACACCACGGCGUACAACUGCCACCUGUUCGAGCUACAUGGCAAGCCAUCUAUGGCGAUACAGACCAGGUGGUUGCCCAGCCAUGAGCCUUUCUUCAAGAUCUUCACACUUGUUGACACUAAUAGUGUUGAGGCUUACAAGUAUAAGUGGGUAGAGGUGACGAGUUUUGGUGACCAUGCCUUGUUCUUGGGGCCGUUUUGGUCUAAGGCGGUGCACGUGGCAGUAGACCAACACUACGGUUUGGAGAGAAACCAUAUCUACUACACUGAACAUAUACAUUCACGUACAACCGAGUUGCCCGAUGAUGCCAUGUACUCUGUGACAAUAGCCGAACACGAAUACAUGUACUACAAGAAAGACCAAAAUGUCGGCGAUGGUGUUGAGAGGACAGGAUACUACGUCACGGGAGGUAACAAUCUUGGGAUCUGGCUUUACCCUCCGGACUUGUAG